CAGGAGGACCAGCGGCGCCGGGGCCUCACAGCUGCGCCGCUCCAGAGGAGGAGCUCCUGAGCCAGGCAGUCGUCAUCCUCUCCUGCGCCUCCUACAGGAACCAGGCGCUGCACGUCUUUGUCCGCCCGGCACUGCUGGCCUUAGCAAUCCACACCACCUCCUCCAAUCAGAAACAGGAGGUCUUCAACAGUUUCAGCUUCUUAAGGAACAUGUUCUCCAAUGAGUUCAUCCUCUGUCCUGGAGCUACAGUGCAGGACUUCGAGGAGGCCUGUUACCUGCUGGUGAAGACCGGAGCUCUGCAGCUUACCCAGCAGGUGGUUCUGGUAACUGAACGAGGACACAGGACUCUGGCCUUCCUCUCCAGUAUGUUGGACCCCUUCCUACAAGGAUACCAG